UUUUUCUCUCUCUUUUUUUUUUUUUAUUAUUAUUAUCAUAUUUAUAUAUCCAUGUAUUUAUUACUUUAUUAAUGACUCACCAUCUUAUUAUAUAAUUUAAUAAAACUUUUAUGCAAUUCAAGGUUGUUAAUGCGGUGCUUGAAUCUUCAACAAUCGCCUCAAAAGCAGAUUUUGGUCCCCCUUUUUUGUUUUUUCUCCUUUGCUGAUUGACGGUUAUCGAUUAUGGUUAACAUUCCCAAGACGCGAAACACCUACUGUAAAGGUAUCAAAUGCCGUAAACAUACACCUCACAAGGUGACUCAAUACAAGGCUGGUAAGGCUUCUCUUUUUGCUCAAGGUAAAAGACGUUAUGACCGUAAACAAUCUGGUUAUGGUGGUCAAACCAAACCUGUGUUCCACAAGAAGGCCAAGACUACCAAGAAGAUCGUACUUCGUUUGGAAUGUACAAAGUGCAAGUACAAGAUGCAACUUCCUAUCAAGCGUUGCAAGCAUUUCGAAUUAGGUGGUGAUAAGAAAACCAAGGGAGCGGCUCUCGUAUUCUAGAUUCGAUUAAUUAACGGAUGGGAUGAUUGGAUUUUUUUAUGUAUGUAUAUGUGUUUUUUAUAUUUUGAAUAAACUUUUAUCUUUAUUUAUAUCAUCAUAUGUAAAAAGAUCUACUCGGAAAUAAAAAACUUGACUAGCAACAAGCAUAGGAAAGGCGGAAAAUUUUCCCUUUCCGUUAUUCUUU